GUGGCUGCUUAUGCACCACAUUUUCUUAUCAUCAUCUUCUCGUCUUUGUCAAAAAAUGAAACAUUCAUUUCUCACCCGAGAAGCAAAGCAGCAGCAAGACAGAUCUGUGAGGUUCUGAAAUGGAAAUGGAAAUGGGUUGUUGACCUAAUUUUGGUGGAGCUAAUCAAUUUCAAAGAAGGGGAUUCGAGGCAAGAAUACAUGAAUUGUAGCUACAGAAAUUUGGGGAUUUUCGGAGUGCAAAGGCAUGAGCGGUGAUUCAAUUGACUUGACUUAGCGCCUGCAGAAUGAGUUCGAUUGUGAACUGGUGAUGCUCAAGGCAUCUCUUCUCAAUCAAUUUGCUGUUGAUGUAUGGGGUUCUCGAUUUGCUAGUGGUCUUGAUAGCGAAUUAGGUCUGAGUUUUGGGGGUUCGAAGUUAAAUGAUGAUGAGUACUUGUUUAGUGGAUUUGUGGUUUAAAGUAUUGAAGGGUCCUUACUGUGAAUUUUGGUCCGAACAAGAAGAGAUUAACAGCAGCAACGUUCCAGCAGGCGAUGAAGUUGGCUGAAUAGGUUUGAUGUUAAUGGAAUGGAAGCUGGGGGUUUCUCGGUGGUUGAUUACUUGCAGUUUUGUUUCAAUUCGUACAAGGACGUAAACGUGUAAGCUUCAAUCAAAGAAUGAAGAUGGAUUUUGACAUAAUUUGGUAUUGGCUAAUGGUGAUUUUUUGGGUAUUCUGAAAUGUAAAUGAAGAUGAAGUUUCAAGACUAAAAUUCACUGCAGAAAGGGGUCAACAACAUCAACGAAUUUGAGGGUCUGUAUGCAGUCUCAAGUUGGAGUUAAUCGAGUGUUCUCGGUCUGAAUAAAUGCAGCGUCAAUGGGGUGGUUGCUGAGAUGGUGCUACUAAUAUUUGCACUGGUACAACUAUUACAGAUGGGGUUCAGUUUGUGUGGUUGGAGUUUGAUUGAGAAGGCAAGAUUAAGGUGUUGUGUAUGGAUGACAUUUAUGUUGAGAUGUGCAUUCAGUGGUGGAAGUGAUGGGUUAGUACCAGAUAUAGGAUUGAUUGACGGAACUGUUGACAUGGGCAUGGACUGAGCUGGUUGUUGGUGGUAUAGGUCUUGGCGGUGAACAAGAAAGGAAAGUGCUGCUGCCAUGGUCAUGGCUGUGAACAAGGAGGUGAAGACUGUGGCCGGAGUUGGAUGCUAUGGCCUGACUUUGAAAGGGCCUGAAUUAAGAAAGUGGAGGCUGUGAUUGGACUGGGCUUUGGUGGUCGCUGUCACCAAUACAAGAGAAGAACUAGAGUGCUAUUUAAGGCAUGAAUGAGGAGAAGAAAAGGGACGCCGUGAUCAGGGAAGAAACUAGGUACCGUAGCUUGAAGAGCACAACUGGAAUCUCUCGAAAAUAGGCAGAAAAGUAAGUAUUUCGCUGAGCUUUUGCAAGGUAAGUUUGAACUGAAUUCUGCAUUUUGUUAGCUUUCGCAAGAGCUACCUAGUGGCUGGGUAGAGAAUUGUUUAAAUCGUCUUGUUAGAGUUAACUCUUUAUACAUGACAGGAACGAAUGGUGAGGGUAAGAACCCUCCAAUUAAAAGUUUGAGAGACUUUAUGUAUCCAACUAGAGUCUCUCAACUUUCUUGUAUUGUUUUGCCUACCACCACAACAACCUAUGAGAUUAGAGCAAGCACCAUUCUAGCACUUCCUAAAUUUUAUGGAGAGGAGAAUGAAAAUCCUUACUACCACAUUAGAGAUUUUGAAGAAUUCUGUGGAACAGUGAAAUUCAAGGACUUAGAUGAUGAGUAUCUUAAACUUAGGUUUUUCCCUUUUUCCUUAAAAGAUAAGUCUAAAUCUUGGCUAAAUGCGUUAGCUCCUUCAUCAAUUAGUACCUGGAAUGACAUGACUAGUAUAUUCUUGCAUAAAUUCUUUCCUAGACAUAAAACUACUGCCAUUCGUCAAAAACUAUAUAGUUUUUCGCAAUAAGAAGGAGAAUCUCUUUAUGAUUAUUUAGAGAGGUUCCAUGAUCUCUUGUUACAAUGUCCACACCAUGGGUUUGACACUCCUAGGCUCACGUUGAUCCUUUAUGAGGGAUUAUAUUACAAAACAUUGACUAUGGUAGAAUCACUUUGUGGUGGUAAUUUUCCCGAUAAAAGUGCUGAAGAAGGUUAUAAAUUUUUGCAUGAAGUAGCUGAAAAAAACCAAGAGUGGGAGGCUACAUAAACCAUAAGAUCAGUAACUAGUAGCAAUGGGGUUCACAGAGUUGACAAUGACUUCGAGGCCAAGUUCGCUGGUUUGACACGAAGACUUGAGUCAUUAGAAACAAAGGCUAAAAUUAAGCCUGUUGAUUUUAUUACACAUCCAUCUUCUAUUCCUAGCGAUUUUUCUAACCAAAGUAUUCCUAGUUUGGAAGAAACCAUGAGCUUGUUUGUGCAGGCUACUCAAAGAUCUAUGGAGAACUUAGAGCAUCAACUAGACCAGCUUGCUAGCCAACUAAAUGAGCGGGAGAAGGAUCAGAUCUCGCGUCAAAUCCAGCCCAACUCCAAGGGUCCUUUUGAGGUAAGCACAUCUGGUGCUAAGCCGACUCAUCAUGUACAGGCCUACUCUACUCUAAGAAGUGGACGGAUCGUUGAUAACCAUGUUAGUGAUCCUGAGGAGAACGAGCAAGUUAGGAACCCGCCUGCCAUUAAACAGGUAACUCCUUCAACACCAAAGGAAACGAAUGAAACCGAGAAAGGUAAAUCUGAAAUUUCUUAUGUUCCUCGCGCUCCUUUUCCUCAAGCAUUACUACCCCGUAAGAAAGGAGUUAGCUCCAGUGACAUCUUAGAAGUGUUUAAACAGGUUAAAGUUAACAUUCCUUUCUUAGAUGCCAUUAAACAAAUUCCUUAUUAUUCCAAGUUUCUAAGAGAUAUGUGCACUGUGAAGCGAAAAUUGAAUGUAGAUAAGAAAGCUUUCCUUACUGAACAGGUAAGCUCGAUUAUUAUACAGAAAACUCCUCCCAAAUUUAAAGAUCCAGGUUGUCCUACGAUUGCUUGCACUAUAGGAGAACAUAGAAUUGAACAUGCAUUGUUAGAUUUAGGGGCCAGUGUGAAUCUCUUGCCAUAUUCUGUGUAUGUGCAGUUAGAACUUGGUAAUUUGAAACCCACUAAUGUUACCCUCCAAUUGGCUGAUAGGUCCACUAAAAUUCCUAGGGGAGUGGUAGAGGAUGUUCUUAUACAGGUUGAAGGUUUUAUUUAUCCCAUUGAUUUUAUUGUUUUGGAUACUCAAGCUGUUUCUAAUCCUAGUGGGCACAUUCCUGUCAUCUUAGGUAGACCUUUCUUGGCUACCUCAAAUGCAGUUAUCAAUUGUCGGAAUGGGAUCAUGGAACUUACUUUCGGAAUAUGAAAAUGGAGAUAAACGUGUUUCACCUUUCAAGUUCAUCUUCGAUUUUUGAAACCUGUGAACAUGUAUGCAUGAUUGAUAGUGUGAAUGAUUAUACUUGCUGUUACAAUGAGAAUCUCAAAAACAUUUAUGAAAACUUUGCAGAUCGUUUGGAGUUUAUUGAAACUGAAUUAGCGGAUAAUUGCUUAUCUUAUUUUGCCGAUUCUGACGAUCGUGUCUUAUACGAAACUGCCUCAUUGAAUCAUUCCUUCAUUGAUCCAUCUAGUAGUUCUCAGAAUGCUUGUAUGAGGAUUGAGUAUAUGGAUACUGGUCAGGUAAUUCACAAUGACAAAAUGGAACAUAAGUUUAUUUGUCUAGAUCUUGAUGCCAACUCCGAUUAUCUCAUGCUUGCUGAAAAUUUUAGUACAUUGCCGCUACUGAUCUAUAGUGAAAGUAAUGUGUCAAGCUGAGUUAUUUCAACAUUCCUGGGGGAAAAUUUAGGGUAUAAGACAAGUAUUGACAUGUCUAAACAUCAUUUGCAUGUUAUGCUUAUAUCUGAGUUGUUUCACAUGACCAGAUGGGCAGGUUGGAAUUAUAGUCCUUUUAAUUGCAGGGUUGAUAUCAAUUUGUUUAUUAAUGUGGGCUUUAAUCCUUAUUGUUGUAUGAUCUUAUUUUUAGUGGACUUCAUGUGUUGGGUUGAUCCCCAACUUUUCAGGCUUUACAGAUAUGCUGGAAGGUUGCUGUUAUGCAUCAAUCUUCACUUUGUUUGAGACUACUUGCUGCGCGCAAGCAGUGAACAAAUAUCGUUCGAUUUGUGGGAGUCAACCCAUCAGUUUUGUUCCCUUCACUCUAUCUUCUAUUUUCAUUUUCCUUUGAAUUUCCCACCUUAACUCUACGUUGGAUGACUCAAUUACAUUGAGGACAAUGUAAAGUUCAAGUAUGGGGGAGUGCUUAAGUAUAUAUAGAUUUUUGGUAGGCAUUUAAUUUCGUUAUGAAUUUUCUUCAAAAAAAAAGUAUAUUUAUAAAGAAAAAAGGGAUCAAUUUUGUGAAGACAAGACCAGCUGUUGAGCGGGUCUUAAAAAAAUUUCUUUUGUAUAACAUGACCAGCUGUUGAGCUGGUCAUUCUGAUUAUCAGUCUCGCUGUUUAGCAUACUUCUGGGGAAAAUUCAAUCGUGAUCUCAACAUCAACAAUAGUCUCAGGAGCAAUAUCCUCAUAACAGGGCUUCAUCAACUAACCAUUCUCUGAAGUAUUGCUCGAUGGAUCGUACUUCUUCAAUCCCUAAUGAUUCAUAUCAAGAUGUGUAGACAUGAUAAAAUGUUCACAUAAAAGUCUUCCCAAAGCUUGCACGACUGGUGGGCACAAGCCAAAGUCUUUUACAAGAUGAUCUCUUCACUUCUACAAAUGAGAUACAACACACUUCAGUCCAUGGGUUUAUAAAAACGUACCAAUGGGUGAGGAAUGGGACAAUGCUUCCUCAACUAAAGAUAUUCGUCUAUAUCUCUUCUACAACAUACCAAAAGGGCACAUCAAUCAUACAUGCAGGCAGAAAGAUAUGGCCUCCACACUCAUGUUUACGGGAUCUGAAAUUUUGCACGGGAUUACAAGUUAUGAAUGCGCACGCGUCAUUGGUUGCCCUACACAUCUCCAAACUGGAAGGUCAUUUCUGCAUAUGAUUCCCCAGUGUCUUAGUUUCGAAAAUUGGGGUUAAUCAUCAAAUUCCGACGUCGUAUGAGGUUCCUACAGCUUCCAGAGCACACAACAUGCGAGCAACAAUUCUUAGACGGGGUUCAUAACAUCCACGGUCGAUCGAUGGCCACCAGGACCUCCCACUAAGUCCUUUAUCCAGGUACCUCCAACUUCGACCACCUAUGUAUUUACGUCAAGUUUUUUUACCUGGGUCCUCUAUGUAGGUCUUGCCAGAAGAAGGGAAAACGAAAGGAGAGAUUUAACAAAAUACUGGGGAUUGACGAUCCACUGAUCAUGACGAUCAGUUUCACAGUCCAAGACUCGUGACUUGCAUCGAGCUCACCUAUGCUAAUCCUUCUUCAUCAAAAUACUUCAUUAUGCAUCCAAGACGCAAGCAAAUAGUAAAAGUCACAAAAAAAGCGUUUUAUAGCAAGUCUGUCUGAAGUGAUUUUACACUGCCCAGUACGAAGCGACAAGCUGGGAGCAAUUGGUGAGGAAUCUAAGGUUGAGUCAUAUACCAUUCUCUUUGUAUGGAUGUUCUCUGCAGCAUAUCAAAAUUUCAUAACAAUUUGAUAAACGUCUAAGAGAUGUGGCCAAAACAUUGGACUACAUGCCAGCUGAAAAUUUUCUGGAA